AUUUCCUUAAGAAAUUCUGCUGACAUCACUGACUCUUUUCUCAGAUUCCUCUCCUUCGGGCUCCCUCUCCUCCCUCUCAUUCUCUCUCCAGUUCAUUCAGGACCUCAAGUUGGCUGCUAAUUCUUUGUUCUGUUAUGACAACAUCUAGCAAGAAGUCUGCAUUUCUAGAUCUCUGCAGGGAGAUUUAUUUCAAUCAAUCUGGAAUGAUUUUGAGGUCUCUGUAUAUUUUGAGGUCUAUCAUUUGCUCUGGUCUCACUCUCCCAGAACAUCGUCUCUUCUACAAGUCUCUCAAGGUCCAAGGAUGCCCCAGAAGGAUUCGCCCAGGUAUUGAAAAUGGAAACUAUUCACAUGAAUAUGUCAAGCCCUCCUCUUGGGAAUCAUACAACUAAUUCUGAACUCAAGGCAAAGAGACCUCGAGUCAUGUCAAAAAAUGGACACAGCAAUGUGAGGAUUGACAAAGUUGAUGGCAUCUACUUACUUUACCUUCAAGACUUAUGGACAACUGUUAUAGACAUGAAGUGGAGGUACAAACUCACCCUAUUUGCAGCGACUUUUGUGGUGACCUGGUUCCUGUUUGGAGUCAUCUAUUAUGUGAUUGCCUUUAUUCAUGGGGAUCUGGAGCAGAGUGAGCAUUCCCCAAAUCAAACAGCCUGCAUCAUGAAAGUCAACUCCUUAACGGGAGCAUUUCUCUUUUCUCUGGAGUCCCAGACAACUAUUGGAUAUGGUGUCCGUUUCAUUACUGAGGAGUGUCCUCAUGCCAUUUUUCUGCUGGUUAUCCAACUGGUUGUCACAACGUUGAUCGAGAUCUUUAUCACGGGUACUUUCUUGGCCAAAAUCGCAAGACCUAAAAAACGGGCUGAGACCAUUAAGUUUAGUCAUUGUGCCGUUAUUACAAAGCAUAAUGGCAAGUUAUGCCUGGUGAUUCAAGUGGCCAACAUGAGGAAAAGUCUUUUGAUCCAAUGCCAGCUUUCUGGAAAGCUCCUUAAGACGCAUCUCACCAAAGAAGGGGAAAGGAUAUUACUCAACCAAGCCACGGUCAAGUUUCAUGUGGAUUCUUCUUCUGAGAGUCCCUUCCUUAUCCUACCCAUGACAUUUUAUCAUGUCCUGGAUGAGACAAGCCCCCUGAGGGAUUUGACAUCACAAAAUCUGAAAGAAAAAGAUUUUGAAUUGGUGGUUCUCCUCAAUGCCACAGUGGAAUCCACUAGUGCAGUCUGCCAGAGCCGAACAUCUUAUAUCCCAGAGGAGAUCUACUGGGGAUUUGAAUUUGUACCUGUGGUAUCGCUUUCAAAAAAUGGAAAGUAUGUGGCUGAUUUCAGUCAGUUUGAAGAAAUCCGAAGAAGUUCAGACUCUACAUUUUACUGUGUAGAUCCAGAAAAGCAAAAACUUGAAAUGAAAUAUAGGCAAGAAGAACAAAGAGAGAGGGAACUCAGAACAAUGUUGUUACAACAGAAUAAUAUUUGAUGACACCGGAAUCUUAAAAGGAUAACUUUACAAGCUAAUUCUCCAAAUUAUAAAAGGGUAGGAAUCUGUAGAAUGCAAACUCUUGGAGGAUAGAAAAUGCUUCACUUUUGUCUUUCUCUCUCUUACUCCUAAUAUGGUACCUUGCACAUUAUAGAUAUUUAAUAAAUAUUUGUUGAAUUAAAUUAUUGUAUCUACUAUAAGACUACAAUUUCUAAAUGUUUGGGAGUGAUCUACAAAAAAAGCUUUGAGGUAGAGAAAAAUGUAUCCUUUUUAUAUCUGGUCAAAUCAAUUAUUUUUCUCUGUGAAAAAUUCUCUGCGUGUACCUAACAUGCUGUGUUCAAAAUCUCUCAAAAAUAAAAUUUUCUAACAAUUGUGGAAGAA